AUGACAACCAACAUCCUACCCAUCAAGCUCUACGGGGGAGUCCUCGGCCCCAACCCCCUGAAAGUAGGUCUGAUCUUAACCGCUCUCAAACUACCCUUUGAGAGCAUUAUUAUUCCUAUGGAUCAGUUGAAAAAGCCCGACUACGAAGCCCUCAACCCUAAUGGCCGGCUCCCAACGAUCCACGACCCAAACACCAACUUUACCAUCUGGGAGAGUGGCGCUAUCAUCGAAUACCUGAUUGAACGAUAUGACACCGACGAGCCGCGCAAGUUCAGUUUCCCUCCUGGGAGCGCAGAAGCUCAACUUGCGCGAUCCUUUCUCUACCUGCAGACAACGGGCCAAGGGCCAUACUAUGGGCAGGCCGCGUCACUGGCGUUCUCGACAAGUGGCUAG